AUGCAAGUCGUCGUUGCUGAGAGCAGUAAUGCAUUGACCUUAUCACCAACAUCAUCCACCUUUGAAGUUAAAGUUGGAGGCUUUUCAUCAGUGGACAAAUUGAAAAGUGCACUAGAGAAGCAUGUAAAACCACUUCGAUCUUUGUAUUCUUCAUUUGAUAUUAGAGAGGAAUCGGAAGCUAAUAAUUCAGCUUGGAUUGUAUCACUACACAAUGAAAAGCAAGUAGAUGUCUUGGAAGGAAUUAUCAAAGCAAUGAAAAUGGUUGAACCAGAUAGUAAUUAUUUCAUUUCAAAAUUGUACAAACAAUCUUCAAGAAAUAAUGAGAGAAGUAUAAGGAAAACUAGUAACUUACUGUCCUAUCAUAAUUAUGUAGCCCUUACAGCUAAACUCAAUUCACUCAAAUCACAAUAUCCAAAUAUGACAUCUCUCUUUUCUGUUGGUCAAUCAGUUGAAAGUAGAGAACUUUGGGUCUUGAAAAUCUAUUCCAAUACAACUGUUGGAGCACCAAAUUAUUCAAAAUAUCAAAAACCAAAGUUCAAAUAUAUUGCCAAUAUGCAUGGAGAUGAAACUGUAGGAAGAGAAAUGAUCUUAUAUUUUGCAGAAUAUUUAUUAACUGAAUAUAUGAAUGGAAAUUCAAGAAUUAGAAAUAUUAUUGAUUAUAUGGAUGUUUACUUGAUGCCAUCUAUGAAUCCAGAUGGAUUUGAACGCGGUCAAAGAGAAAAUGCAAAUGGAGUUGAUUUGAAUAGAGAUUUCCCAGACCAAUUUUUGACAUCUACUCAAUCAGAAACUUACCAAGUUGAAACUCAAGCCAUGAUGAAAUGGAUUCAAUCUGAAAAUUUUGUUCUCUCUGCAAAUUUCCAUGGAGGAGCAACUGUUGCCAGUUAUCCAUACGAUUCUGCCAAGGGUGCAAGUUCUGGACAAAGUGUAGAAAGUUUCAGUCCUGAUGAUUCCUUCUUCAAGUUAAUUGCCAAAGGUUAUGCAAAUGCUCAUACCACAAUGAAGAAUAGUCUUGAAUUCCCAGGAGGUUAUACUAAUGGAGCUGAAUGGUAUGUUCUCUUCGGUGGUAUGCAAGAUUUCAAUUAUUGGAAGAAGAAUUGUUUCGAAAUUACCAUUGAACUCAGUGAUACUAAAUAUCCAAGUGAAUCAACAUUGGAUUCUUACUGGAAUCAAAAUAAGGAAUCUCUUUUAACUUAUAUGGAAUAUUUGAGAUAUUCUAUUGUGGGUAUUGUUACAGAUUCAAAAGGAAAUCCAGUUUCAAAUGCUAAUGUAACAGUUGAAGGUAUUGCAAAGAAUAUUACUACUUUUGAUAAUGGAAUGUUUUUCAGAUUAUUACCACCUGGUACUUACAACAUCAAGGUUGCAAAGGAUUCUUACACAAUUGAUUCACAAUCCAUAACAAUUAACAGUAAUUCAACAUUAGGUCAACCAACAUUUGCCUAUUUCAGUAUGAUGAGUUCUGCCCCACCUUCUUACAGUUCCUAUGGUUUCAAAGCUUCAUCUUCUAUUAGAAAUAGUGGUGGCGUUGUUUCUGUAUUGAAACACAAUUCAAUUUCAAUGGCUAACACAAUUUUCUCAAUUUUCUGCUCAAAGAUUAUGAUUGUUGCAUUCACAUUGAUUUUCACAAUUUUACAUUAA